AUGGAUCCGGCGUUAAUCGGCAAUUUCAUUCGAUUUCCCACGGCUAAAAUGGUUUGGGAUUCAGUUGCUACCACCUAUUUUGAUGGUGGCGAUACCUCUCAAGUCUAUGAUCUCCGGCGGCGCGUCUCACGUCUCCGCCAAGCGGGUGGCUCCUUGAAAAAAUACUACACCGAUUUGCAAGGCCUCUGGGAGGCUCUUCGCCAAGUGGUGAUAAAUGCUGGCGACCACGAACCACCUCCACGGGCGGUGCUUGCUUCGAAAGGCCUAAAGCUUGGACUGUCUGGAUCGACUUCUCAACAUACUGAAAAAUCUUCUUCUAAAGCCCGUACCUCAUCCGAUGGUCUCAAAUGCUCUCAUUAUGGCAAUACGAAGCAUACACGUAAAAACUGCUUCCAGUUGCAUGGGUACCCCGAUUGGUGGCACGAGCUUCAAGCUAGAAAAAAAGAGACGGUAUGGCUGAAGGCGCAGGAAACGCUGCUGUGUCGUCGUCAUGAUGUGGACAGUAAUGAUUGGCUCCUCGACUAUGGGGCCACGGAUCAUAUGACGUUUGAUCCCACAGAUUUCUCCCAUCACUUACCUCCAAGGUGCACCAGCAUUGUGAAUGCUAAUGGAGUGACCUCACCUAUCACAAGAGCUGGAUCUGAUAUUCUCACUAAGGAGAUAAUUGAGCGUGGUACUAAAGGGGGGGGGGAUUAUACUACAUGGAAGAUUUCAAAUGACACACCAAUUAUUGGCAAGGAAUCGACAAAUAUAUCUUCAGGGCCUGACAUUUCUUCUAUUUCUAGAGGGCCUUCAACAACUGAGCUCACAUCAUCAGGAGAAGAACCCGAAUCCCCCCAUCUCUCAGUGCCUGUAGACCCAUCUCCUAAGAAUAUUCCUGAGUUUGAUGUAAAGAACGCAUUUCUCCAUGGUGAUCUUGAAGAGGAAGUCUACAUGGAUACUCCUUCAGGCUACACAACAUCUUCAAAAGCUAAAGUUGUGUGCAAAUUGCAGCAAGCACUAUAUGGAUUAAAACAAUCUCCUCGAGCAUGGUUUGGGAGGUUCAGUCUGGCAAUGAAGAAAUAUAGCUUCCACCAAAGGGAUGAUAAGGAGGAAAUCACUAAGCUUCAGAAACAAUUGGCGGCCGAGUUUGAAAUGAAAAAUCUAGGAGGACUCAAAUAUUUCCUGGGAAUAGAUGUUGCUAGAUUAAGGCGAGAUAUUGCCUACACAACGUAUAGAUCCGCCCACCAUUUACAAAGUCCCACAAAGAAUCCGCAUGUAAACGAAGGUGCGUACGAGCCCCAGAUCCUGUCGAUCGGUCCAUACCAUCACGGCAAGGAGAAGCUACAAGGCAUGGAAGAGCACAAAUGUUGGUACCUAGAUUCGUUCCUCUCCCGCAAUCCCAACCGUCAGUUGGAGGACUACGUCAAGGCGAUAAGUUGCUACUCGGAGAAUGUGGGCCCGGGCAAGGAGUUUGUGAAAAUGAUGAUUCAAUGUCGAGCACUUUCUCAAGCUCAACCAAAAAGAGGAGGAGCUCAAGAAAAAGAGAAGCUCAAGCAAAAAAUGGAGGAGCUGUCUCUCAAGCAACAAAAGCUAUGCGAGGUGGACCCGAUGCUUACGACGAUUUGGAUGAUGUCUCUUGUGGGGUGUGAUAUUCUCCUCCUCGAAAAUCAAAUUCCUUUCUUCAUUCUGCAGCUUAUUUUCAAUAUGGCUAGACCGGUGGACAAACCGUUCCGUAAUUCACUUGCUGAGCUCGCCCUCGAUUUCUUCAAAGGCUUCUUGCGUAGGAAUGAGGAAAUCGAUCUCGAGAAUUCCUACCAUCAUCUACUCCAUUUGCUACACUCGCAUGUGAUACCUACCGAGGAGUUUAACCUUCCACCCAAUCCUACCGUAGGAUCCAUCUCUAAAAAGUGGAAGAAUUUACUAAAGCUCCCAUGUUCAAAGAAGGCCUUGUUGCCCAAUACUCACAAUCAAUCUCCACUGUCGACGCCCCCAGUAGCGAUCAAGAUAAUCCCUUGCGCGGCUGACCUCCAUCUUGCAGGGGUGAAGUUCAAGAAGAAAGAGAAGUAUAGCAGCAUCUUGGAUGUGAAAUUUAGUAAUGGGGUGUUGGAAAUCCCUCCGUUGGUGAUUGAUGACUACACCAAUACUCUCUUUCGGAACCUCAUAGCUUUCGAACAAUGCUACCCAAAUGCUAAAAUUCGCUUCACGACUUACAUUUGUUUCAUGGAUUGCCUUAUCGACACGUCCAAAGAUGUGGCCUUGCUCCAUCGAAAUAGGAUCAUAGAUCAUUUUCUGGGAAGAGCUGAGGAUGUGGCCACCCUAUUCAACCAGCUUGGCGUUGGCAUCAUCGAUUCCUAUGAUCAUAAUUACCUUUCCGAUCUAUACAAGGAUGUGGAAACACAUUACAACACCCAAUGGAACAAGUGGUGGGCCAGCUUGAGGCGAGAUUAUUUCAUUAAUCCCUGGUCCGGCCUUUCUUCAAUAGCUGCUUCCAUCCUCAUCUUAGUCGCCAUCACCCAAACACUCUUCACUGUCCUUCCCUAUUACCGAUCGCACGCCUAGUUCUUGAUGAUUAUGUUUCAAUGGUUUAGAUUGUUUUAAUGUUUUCCUCAUCCGUGUUCUGCUAAUAAAAAGUAUCUCCCAUGUGUGUGAAAAACAUCACUGUAGAAUAUCAAUUCUGGUUUUUUUUUUUUUUGGUUCUAAGUUCAAUGGACCGAGUUGACUUGGACCAGUUGCGUGUGACUUAGACUAACCUUGGCUAGCGAUGGUGAAUGAUUCUGAUGGGAACCGUCCAUCUAACCUACCCAAUUUCUAAUCAGAUCUAAAUCCGUGGAUCCAAACUUGACCAGUCAUAGAACCAGAAUUUU